UCUCACAUCGUCGUAAACGCCGCUGCACAACGCCCAACUUCUUUUGCAGCAUCAUACUACUGCAACACAGAACAAUAUCCCACAGGCUUUGACGAUAUAGUCUAUCACAAUGGAGAAGCAAAACGUGCCCAUGCAGCAAUACCCUCAGUCGCCAGACGCGACCGGUCAACCACCCAUCUACCCCCAAGAUCCCAAUGCACAAUACCAGCAGCAACCAGCCAUGUACACACAACAGCCUCAAGACCAGCCUACUGGCUCGCCAGCGCCUCAGCAUCCCCAAGGUGCAUACGUGCAACCUGACCACGCUGGCACCCAGCCUGGCAUGCCUCCCCAACAACAAAGUGGAGCCGUCUACCAGAACGCCACACCAAUCGCGAACCUGAACCGUGGACCUGCGCCUACAGAUUGCCCUGCAUGUGGACAGCGUGCCAUGACCAACGUCGCAUUCGAGACGGGAAACUCAACGCACGCCUGGGCUCUCGGUCUUUGCUGCCUCUGCUGCUUGGGGUGCAUUCCGUAUGUGAUGAACUCACUCAAGGACGUCCAGCACAAGUGUGGUCGCUGUGGCGUGCUUCUUGCGACAUGGCAUCGCAGCGGAAGCACCGAGGUCCACAUCCACUCUUAGAUCAUGUUGCAAUGGUGUUGGGAGUUGAAUGCACUAUGGAGAGGGGAAGGGUGUGUGCGAUUGUUGGAAGCGGAUGAUACCCAGGUGAAGAACGGGAGUUGGAGGAGCAAUCGGCUGUAGGGUGGGUCAAGCAGCCCUGAUUUUGUCUGUCAUCAUGACGUGUUUUGCGCAAGGAG